UUUGCUAGUCUUUUAGUCAAGCAAGGAUUGAAUGAUUUUGACAGAAGUUUGCCGGACUCAUGACCGAUCUCGUCUGAAAAGAUCCUAUUAAGCUGCGUACUGUUUCUAUCACUGCAUGGUUUGGCUAUUCAGUAUUGGGAUUGGAUUAUCAAGAGGUUGACAUGGAGACCGUUUAGGAUGUGAAAAUGGUGCAUUUAAUGUACAUGGUUGUGAGAAUAACAAACUUGACUUGAGAUAGAAAUCUACUAUACAAGAAACGUACAACACGAAACAAACAUGGGGCUCGCCUUGCAACUCGUGGCCGUUGUACUAAUCGCUUACAUCGCACAGACAAAUUCGAUUAGAAAAGCACCAACUGUGAGCCUUACGCCGAAAAAUGUCAGGGGAGUGGAGAAGGGAAUGGUGUACAUGUUAUGUAACACCACAGGGAUUCCAAGACCGAAUAUCACGUUAUUCAAGGAYGAGGUCAAAGUUACGAACUCUAGGAUAUAUAAGUUCAAGAUCCUGCAUGGAUGGUUUAUAAGGAUUGGGCCUUUGAAGCAGAGACACCAGGGAACGUAUAGGUGUGAGGCUGCCAAUGGUGUGGGACCUGUUGUGUCGGAUUCGUCGGCGAUACUACRCGUAUAUCAAGCGGGAACAACACCUAGUGGAUUCCCUCAAAUAGGAAGGYCCCCAAGGAGCCAGUUCAAGAGGAGUGGUAAUAAAGUUAUUUUCCAGUGCACAGUGACCGGAACGCCGAAGCCAUCCAUCAUGUGGYUACAGAACAAAGUCCCGCUAGAUCUGUCCAACCAGAGGUAUUCAGUCAGCGCAAGUGGAGACUUGACCAUUGUAAACCUGGAAAAGACAGAUAAAGGGUCUUACGCAUGCGUAGCUGAGAACAGCGAAGGAAUGGUCAUCUCGAGAGAGGCUAGACUCUUUGUACGAGAGGUCCGAAGAGCCCCACAAUUCGUUGUUCGUCCUCUGGACCAAACAGUCAAUCCUGACAGCGAUGUCUACCUCAACUGUUCAGCCACUGGCCUUCCUAAACCUGCCAUAGUCUGGGAAGUAGAUGGUAGGAGAAUAUCUGGAGGAGCCGAUGGAUACUUGGUUAUAAGCCGAAUACAGAGAUCUGGGAAUUAUACCUGUAUUGCUGAUAACUUUAUGGGAAGAGUCAGCGCUUAUGCAUUUGUCAAAGUCAAACUUCUCCCGUUCGCACCAACACGGCCGUCAGCCACAAAUGUAGCACCAAACAGCAUCACCAUCACGUGGCAAACCAUUGGCUCCCACGUAGUGACGUCAUUUGUGAUCGAACACAAACUUAAGAGUGAAGAUCAGUGGAAGUCCUCUUCUAUUCGUGGUACAAUGACCAUGAAGAUAUCCAGCCUGCAGCCUUACUCCAAGUACCAGUUYAGAGUGUUUGCCGUGAACAGUCUCGGUAGAAGUGGGGCAAGUCCUGUGGCUGAGUUUACGACAUCAAAGUCAAAGCCCAGCAGUCCACCUAUCAACAUUACAGCCCGAGGCAUCUCAGAUACGUCUUUCCGUGCUGAUUGGCUCCCCCCGCUGUCCCCAAACGGACCAAUCAGAGGCUAUCGUGUAUAUUACUCCCUUGACCAGAAGGAGGCAUUCAGUCAGUGGCGCUUCUUGGCAUCUGCCACCACUCAAGCAACGAUAUCUGGAUUAACCAAGCAAACGACGUACUUCUUUAAGAUAGCAGCAUAUAAUAGCCUUGGGAUGGGACCAACGUCUCAAGUCAUGGCGGUCAAGACUCAUAAAGGAGUGCCAGGCCAACCACACAGCGUACGACUGAGAGUAGUUUCAUCAACCUCCGUCAAAAUAUCUUGGCAAAAGCCUCAAGAUCCAGGUGACGGAAUCUUUGGAUAUGAAGUUUAUUACAACAAGAGUUCAAAAGACAUGGACACCAAUGUUGGUGCGGCUAAUGGACUGAGCAAGAACAUUAUGGGUCUCACGCCCUACACCRUGUACAAAUUUGGAGUAGCUGCGAAAUCAGACAAAGGAAUUGGACCGAUGUCUUUUGCCGUCACCGCACGAACAAAGGAAGAUGUCCCGAGUGGUGCUCCACGUAAUAUCAUUGGAAAGAGCAAAGAUUCGACCACCUUAGAAAUCAAGUGGGACCCACCAUURCCAAUUAAUCGUAACGGGAUCAUCACUGAUUACACCAUCAAGUAUAAGGAUAAAGGAGGAGGAAGACCCAAGUACAUGACGGUGGAUGGUAUCAAGACUAGUGUGGUUCUGCAUAACCUGAAAAAGUUUACGAAAUACUUCGUGUGGGUGUCGGCCAGCACCAAGGAAGGGGAAGGACCGAUGAGCAAUAAACAUGUCUUCUCUACUGCUGAGGAUGUACCAAGUGGUGCUCCAACCCAGCUCAAGGCUGCUGUGUUAAACUCGUCUUGUAUUGAAGUCUCGUGGUCACCACCCACCUCAGCGCAACAGGAUGGCAAAAUAAAGGGUUACAUGGUGUUUUAUACCAAGGUUGAUGACUUGGGGAACCAACUCAAGCCUGCAGCUCCCGUUGACAUGAAAGAUUCUGAAUCAGAAACCAACCUGAAAGUAUACCUCACAAACCUCGCACCAGAGACAACGUACCAGAUAGAAGUAGCUGGGUACACGAUUAAAGGCGAUGGUGCCAGAAGUGCCACCAAGCUUGCCAAGACGUUGCCCCGUCUACCCGAUGCUCCUUUCGUUUACACGCAGAAAUCCCCCGGUAACCCCUCUGUGAUUAUACUGGGAUGGAGGACAUCCGCUAGUGACGUACUAGGGUAUAAAGUACGUUACGGCAAGGCUGUUAUUCGUCUGAGAGGAAGAGAUCAAAACAAGAUGACAAUGGAGGAAAAAUCCUUGUCUAAGACAACGACAACCCAGACCUUCCAGAAUUUAGGUCGUGGUUUAUGGUAUCUGUUUAACGUGUCCCUGAGAACAAAGGCAGGAUGGUCACCAGAAACAGCACAAUGGGUCGAAAUUCCCCCAGGACCCCCCACGGGUCCACCAUUGAACAUCAGAACCAGGACGCCAUCGUCCACCAACAUCAAAGUCACGUGGUCUGCCCCAGAUCCCUGGAAGAGCGGGGGUAGCAUCAGCGGUUAUGUCGUGAAAUUCCAUACCCUUGGGAAUUCUAAUAACAUCUCUAGUAAAACUGUUCAUGGGGAAAAUCAUACGAAAGUUACGCUGAAGAGACUGAUGAARUACACGGUGUAUGUGAUUCAGGUUAAGGCCGUGAAUUCUUACGGAGAAGGGCCGCUUAGUGCUGCUGUACGUGAGAGAACACAGGAAGACAAUAUCCUAUUCUGGUUCCAAAUUAUACAAAGAGCGCGAUUCCACCGUCCCCGUGACGGACGCAAAAGACCUCAGCAUCCCUGCCGUCAGCAACAAGAAGCAGUCUUACAAGAUAGAGAACCUCAUUCCUCACAUGGAAUACAAGUUACGCAUAUCAGCUAUCAAUGCGAUGGGUGAAGGUCGUAAAGUAGAGCUCGACUGCAAGACUAAGAGAGACAAACCAUCGCGUUUAAAGGAGCCUGAAGUGAUUGAGAAUGAGGUCAAUGAGGGUUACAUCCCUGUGAGGCUGAGUAAAGCAUCAGAAAGAAAUGGUCCAAUCAGUUAUUACCUAAUAGUAGUCGUACCCCUCGGAGAGGACACAAUUCUCCCUAAAGACGACCCUGACAGUUACUUCAAGCGCGUCAAGAGAAGCAGAAGAUCUGACAAACCAAAGCCCGCGCCGUACAUUGCAGCCAAGUUCAUGGCCAAUCAGCUUCCAGAUCGUUUUCACGUGGGAGAGGAGAGUAACAGUAACCAGUUUGGUUACAUCAAUAAACGUCUAACGAAGGGGAUGUACUACACAAUCUUUAGUCGUGCUUAUGUUGAAAAGGAAAACAAGGAAUUGGUUUACAAGUCCAGUCCUUUCACCAAACCCGUUUCCGCARUGUCACCGUCCUUCCAAAGUCAAACAACAGCAAAGAAAGGAACGACCAUCAGCCUGAUAAUCAUCCUCGUCGUCGUGUUGGUCGUUAUUAUUGCAGCUGUUGCUCUGGUAGUAGCUUGUCUYGUUAAAAGGCGUAGAAGACGUAAAGAUAAGAAAURCAAAGAUGAAGAGAAGUCAGAACCAAGUGACCCUGUUGAACUAAGAAGAUUGAACUUUCAAACACCAGCCAUGAUAGACCAUCCACCAAUCCCAGUUGGUGAACUUGCUAGACAUAUUUCCUACUUGAAGGCAGAGAACAACAGCAAAUUUUCGCACGAAUAUGAGUCUAUCGAACCUGGACAAACUUUUACAUCAGAAGCAUCGACAGCUGAGUUCAAUAGAACUAAAAACCGCUACCCUAACAUCUUGGCAUAUGAACAUACGCGUGUUCAUCUGUCGAGCCCUGACAGCUUUCAAGACUCGGAUUACAUCAAUGCAAACUAUUGUGACGGUUAUCGCAAGGAAAAUGCUUACAUCGCUACACAAGGGCCCCUACCAAACACGGCCACGGACUUCUGGAGGAUGAUUUGGCAGCAGAGAACCUUCACCAUAGUCAUGUUAACACGAGAAGAGGAGAGAGGAAGGGUCAAAUGUGAGCAAUAUUGGCCGAAUGAAGGCACAAGCACUUAUGAUGAAAUUGAAGUAUCCCUUGUAGACUGGGUUGAGCUGGCCAACUAUACCAUCACUACUUUACAGAUAUCCAUGGAAGGCGUGUCUCAACCUCGUGAAGUCAAACACUUCCAGUUUACCGGUUGGCCAGACCAUGGUGUACCACCCCACCCUACACCUUUCCUGGCCUUCUUGCGAAGAGUGAAGUUUUAUAAUCCACCAGAUGCUGGUCCAAUCGUUGUUCACUGCAGUGCUGGUGUUGGUCGCACCGCYAUCUUCAUCGUCAUCGACUCCAUGUUGGAAAGAAUAAAACACGAAAACACCGUCGAUAUCUAUGGUCACGUGACAGUACUGAGGACACAGCGUAACUACAUGGUUCAAACCAUGGAACAAUACGUGUUUAUCCAUGAUGCAUUGCUGGAGGCAGUGUCAGCUGGUAACACGGAAGUACAUGCCAGGAAUCUGUUACAACACAUAAAAAAAUUAACAGAGCUUGGUAAAGGAGAGGUGACUGGAUUAGAGGAAGAAUUCAAGAAACUUAUCGAUCCGACUCAAGCUCGUCGGCACAAGCACGGAGCAGCCACCUUGGCCAUAAACAGACCUAAAAACCGAAUGGCAAACAUUUUACCAUAUGAAUCUACUCGUGUACAUAUUUCACCAGUUCGGGGAGUGGAAGGUUCAGAUUACAUUAAUGCAAGCUUUAUAGACGGMUAUCGUCAAAGAGGAGCCUUUAUCGCUACACAAGGUCCCUUGAAGGACACCGUGGACGACUUCUGGCGCAUGCUGAUGGAACAGAAUUCYAAUAUUGUGGUCAUGAUGACCAAACUACACGAGGGGGAAUGGGACAAAUGUUACAAAUACUGGCCUACAGAGCGAUCAGCAAGACACCAAUACUACAUCGUGGAUCCUGUCAGUGAACAGGAGUUUGGGCAGUUUGUCAUGAGAGACUUUAAGGUCAAAGAUGCAAGAAAUGACACCGUUCGCAACAUCAAACAAUUUCAUUUCACUGGUUGGCCUGAGACGGGUGUACCCAAGUCAGGCGAAGGAAUUAUCGAUCUGAUUGGUCAAGUACAAAGAGUAUAUGAACAGCAAGAAGAAGAUGGACCAGUUACUGUACAUUGCAGUGAUGGCGUCGGACGAACAGGAGUGUUCUGUUCAUUAUUYAUCGUACUCGAACGAAUGCGAUCAGAAGGUGUGGUCGAUCUAUUCCAAACGGUCAAACUUCUCCGAACACAACGGCCUGCUAUGGUCCAAUCACAGGAGCAAUAUCUUUUCUGCUACAAGACGGCACUCGAAUACCUUGGGUCGUUCGACCACUACGCGACGUGACGAGAAAGAUAAGAAAGAAGGGAAUGAAUGGUAUUGGAAUGAMUACUGAGCUACACGUAGUGGAGACCUUAAAUUCGACGUACAUCAAGUCUAGAAUAACCGUAGUGUCAACAAGAACGUAGAAUAUAGUGUUUAUAAAGCAAGGAAUUCCACUUAGAGAAAAGAUAAUCUUCAAUGGACUUCAAAAAUUGGACAAUAUUUUUAUAGAGAAUUAGAUAUCUAUUUUGGAUGUCUGUUUUUAUUCAUGGAAAGAUAUUAUCAAUGAAUAUCUUUGAAUAUUAAUGAAUUGAUGYUGUUAAUGAUAUUACUUGUCAAUGAAUGGAUAUCAUUAAUGAAAUCAUUUUUAUUGAUGGAUAAAUAUUAAUGGGUAUCAAUUAUAGAAAGAUAAUAGUGAAUAUGAAUAUCAUGAUGGUAUCGUUAAGAGGUAAAAUGGAUCAUGGAUAUUCAUUAAUGAUUAUUUGUCUAUAGAUAUCAUUAAUAAUUUUGAUAUCAUUUUAUGAUCCUUUUUAUAAUAGCUAGAUGCUAGUAGUGGCUAUAUUUUUAUGCUAUUGUUUUUAUUUAUGACUGUAUAUCAUUAAUCCAUAUUAGUAAUCAUUAGAUGAUAUCAGUUUCACUAAUAGAUAGGUGAUAGGAUAUCAUUUCUGAUAAAUAAAUGGAUCAAGUGCAGUAAGAUGAUGCUAAGAUACUCUUCAGUGACAAAGGUUUCCGAGUCGUGGAAGAACGCACUUUUCCUUACGUCACGCACUCAUGCAAUGACGUCAUAGAUCUCAUUGCGUCAUAUCUGAUGAUACCAUUGGUUAAAGGAAAUUUUACAUUUUAUUGCAUAUUUUUAAUGGAUUUUUAUUAAUGCUUAUUAAUCUUCUGACUAAUAUCAUUAUCCAGAUGUUAAUUCAUUAAUGUAAAGAUAAAGAUGAMGAGGUUUGUAAACAAGAAUUUUUACUGUAAAGUAAUGAAACGCCGGAUGUAACUGCGGCGUCUAAGGAGUUUUCUACAUAAAUAUUUUUUACAUCAAAAUAAAUCGUUAAAUUGUUAAAAA